CAUUGUGUACCAGAAACGUGUGUUUUUACUUUAUUUUCUUUAGUUUUAUCUUAAAAUUUAGUAAAAAUUCACUUUAUUAUUUAAAAUUGCGUGAAAAUUUUGUUAACCACCAUGGAAACAAUUGAAAAUAUGUGCAAAACAAAAGAAAAUUCGACAGCUGACGACGAUGAAGGAAAUGUUUGGAACGACUUUAUUGGAAUUGCUGCCGAUCCACCGGAUAAACGGAAAAUAUGUGAAUACUGUCGUCGUCCAGAGGUUGUGUGUUGGUGUUCUUCGGUACCAUCGCCACCGCUAUGCAGUCGUUCUCGUAUUGUGAUACUUCAACACCCAGCGGAACAAAAACGGUGCCUACGCACGGCUCCGAUGCUAUCACUGGGUCUGGAAUCGGGGAAGUGCUUAGUUUUUAGAGGUAAACGGUUCCCACAACAGCGGCACGUCGAAGGCGAUGUCAGCUUAGAUUCGAUAAUGACGGCCAAAAACACACUGUUACUGUACCCAAGUAAAAAUUCAAUUCCAAUGGAAGAAUUGGAUGCCUCCGAUGGCCCAUUCAAUUUGAUAUUAUUGGAUGGCACAUGGCCGCAGGCCAAAGGUAUCUACGCCACAUCUCCGUUACUUCAAAAAAUGCGACAAGUUCGAUUGGUCAUGACACGCAUCAGUACGUAUGUCAUUCGAACGCAACCGAUGGAAGGUUGUUUAAGCACAUUGGAAACGGCAGCCGAAGCUCUAUCUAUUCUUGAAAAUGAUGACCGGUUUCGCGAAGAAUUGAUUCGACCAUUGCAAACAUUGUGCGAAUUUCAAAUUGCAAACGGAGCCGUCGAACACCAAUCGAAAGAAUAUUUAAUUAAACACAAUCAGUACAAUAAAAUCAUUGGCAAAUGAUUGAACAGAUUGCUGCGGGCGGCCAAUUGCUCAAAAACCAACGAAAAAGCAAAUAAUAAUGAACACGAUAACGAUGGAGAUGAUGACUUGUGAUGAACACACCAAUAAUACAUUGAGUGACAACAAACUCGAGAGAGAGAAAAUCCAAUUUGUGAAUCAAUAGAGAUUUAUUGAUAAUAAGAGACUAUUUUAGUUUAAAUAUUUUAUUAGCUAAUUUAAACAAGUCCGUGCUGGACGAUAAUCAUGUAUUGAAAUGAAAAUAAAUCGAAAAAUUAAUUGGACA